AGGUCAGAGGCUUGAGUCUAAGACCAAGAGUAGAUCAUGUUGAAGAUGAGCGGGUGGCAGAGACAGAGCCAAAGCCAAAAUCAGAGCCGGAACCUGAGGAGAAAGUGUUCCAGAAGGAAGUGUAUCUUCAUACACCACCACACCUGAAAGCAGCCUGCUCCAACUGCAGAGAUGGAAGCUCAGCCUUUGCCUUUCUCCUUUGGUACACUGUCCAGCUGGGAGCUGGAAGCCUGGUAUGAGGACCUGCAGGAAGUCUUGUCCUCUGAUGAAAAUGGAGGGACCUAUAUCUCACCUCCUGGAAACAAGGAGGAAGAACCAAAAACCUUCACCACUCUUGAUCCUGCCUCUCUGGCUUGGCUGACUGAGGAGCCAGGACCAGCAGAGGUCACAAGCACCUCCCAGAGCCCUCAGUCUCCAGAUUCUAGUCAGAGCUCCCUGGCUCAAGAGGAAGAAGAGGAAAACCAAAGACGACCCAGGAAGCGGAAACAGAGUGGACAGUCCCCAGCUCGGGCUGGGAAGCAACGCAUGAAGGAGAAAGAACAGGAAAAUGAAAGGAAAGUGGCACAGCUAGCUGAAGAGAACGAACGGCUCAAGCAGGAAAUUGAGCGCCUGACCAGGGAAGUAGAGGCAACUCGCCGAGCUCUGAUUGACCGAAUGGUUAAUCUACACCAAACAUGAACAAUUGGGACCAUCAAUUCCCCUCACAGGCCACACUACCUACCUUUCCCAAAAGUGGCUACUGACCACCUUCUCAACAGUGCCAAAGUGACCCUCAGCACCUCAUUUCAGUAAGGGAGAAGGUUUGGGGUAGACGAAAGAAUCUCAGUUUUGUAGACAGAGAUUGUACAUUUAUUUCUAUGUCCUUAUCUAUUAAAAUGAUUUUUUGUGACCCA